AAACGUGUUGAUUGAGUUCUCCCGCAGUGUCGGGUGUCGUUUUUUUUUUUAGUUGACAUUAUGGAGUCGUGUGAAGAGGACGACGAAAAGGAGAGAGCAUUGCAGAUGAGUAGCCCUGCGAACGAUUUGACGAUUGAUAUUUAUCGCCCACUUCUUAGCAAAGAUUCUGAACAUGAAAACGAAGGAAAGAGAAUCAAAUCAUUUGCUUUUGAUUUGCAUUCAACAGUCAGUAUUCCUCCACGAUUAUCUUUAUUACAGAGCAACACCGACUUGAACACACCACCAGCUAAUUGGUUGCUAAGUCAUCCUAAGAAGAUAGUUGGGCCAGCUGUUUCCAGGAAUCCAAAGUCAACAGAUUUUGCCAGUUUUCACAUGGCUUCAUCUUUUUUAGAUUCUAUGGGUGAAGUUGAUGUUGUCAGCGAUGCAGAAAACAUCAAGAAGCUUCUGAAGAUACCGUACAGCAAAAGUGCUGUCAGUAUGAUGGUUCAUCGUGUUGGAAACACACUGCUGCUUGAUGAAUUUGACAUUCACACUCACCUUCUGAGAGCAGCUGAAAACGAAUGGGGUUGGCUGAAGAAGUUUUAUUUGGAACACAUAUUUGCCUCCUGUCGUGCUAAGCAAAAAGCCUCAGAAAAGAAAUCCAGCCGGCACAGUCGCGAUUACCUGCAGCAACAAAACCUCAUCUCAAAAUUUCUCUAUCACAGUAUAGCCCUUAAUGAGUCUGAAAAUACAGACACCCAAGUUCAGGACAGGAAUCAUCAAGUUCAGCCUGUAAUUGAUCCUCUUGGUGAUCCUGUUCCAGAAGAGAGUCAUGUUCACGAUGAUGCUCUUCCUCAGUUUUCUAAAAAUAUCAUUUGGACAUUUGAAGAUUUGCGGAUGUUAAUUGGUACAGAUAUGCCUAUUUUUGGCGGUGGUACUCACCCGUGUCUUUCGCUUCGCUUAAGAGAUAUGUCGAAGCCAAUUAAUGUGCUAACAGGACUGGACUACUGGCUUGACAACUUGAUGUGCAAUGUUCCUGAAGUUGUGAUGUGCUAUCAUUUGGGUGGUCUGGUCCAAAAAUACGAGCUUAUUAAGACGGACGAUUUACCACGCUUACCGGGCUCACAGUUUAAGCCGGGCAUUAUUAAAGAUGUCGCACAAAACAUUCUCUCUUUCCUAAAAUCUAAAGCCACCAAAGCAGGCCACACUUAUUGGCUGUUUAAAGCAAAAGACGAUGAUAUUGUUAAGCUUUACGAUCUUACUUCGUUGUGCAAUGAUUUGAAUGAAGACAUCAACCAGAAUCCAUUUACGACACCAGUUGCCAUGCUACUUUUCAAAGUGGCGCGAAAUUUGAAAAUGUCCAGCGACUGGAAGCGACACCAAGGCACUGUCUUAGCUCUUCUAAAGAACUGCCUUUCCCUUCUUGAUGCAACCAAAUAUCCACAGGUCGCCACGUCUGCUUUGUACUAUUUAUCUGACGUCUAUUUACCAACAUCACUCAAAGUUCCAGAAGCCGAAGAUACUUCUGAAGAGGUCGAAGAGGAAUGGUCUGACGAAUGGGAGGAACCCUCAACGGAAGAUCACUUCUCUGCAUCUGUCGACGUGGCGGCACUUUCGACUCCGCAACAGGUCCAGGCAGAGGAAGAGAACGUUCGUAGAAAUGCGCGACCCACCGUCGGAGAUAAUUGGGAACAGCGCUGCACUUUUGCACUCCAGCACGCAGUCGAAGCCCUUGAAUUCCUCAGCAACAAGGGGAAAACUACAAAGCCAUCUGAAGAAGAACCCUCUUUGGCCACACCAUUGAAACCCAUUCCGAUGCCAUAUCAGACAUUAUCACAACCUCCUCUCGAUGGUGUCACUGGCUCAUUGAUGUUCAAGGAACCACAGAACGAGUGGAAGCAACAGUAUUGGCGACUAUUGAUGGAGAAAUGCCGUUUGGCUUACGUAACUCUAGCCGAUGAAGCACGAAAAACCAGCCCUUCAAACCCUGAGAAGAGUUUGAGUCACCUUCGAAUGGCCGCGUUGCUCUGGGCUUAUUUGGAGCCUCCUGGUUUACCUUUGCCGGGACCACCUCAAUCAACUUCACCUCAGAAUUUGACUAACUCAACAUCCCUGCAAAGUCAUGCCCUGGGUUUAGCUGGAGAUGUUUAUUUCUCUAUGGUGCAACAUUGGAAUGAAGUAACUUCUCAGCCACAGCCGGUGGAACGGAAUUUGAUUGACGAUCAACUCCUACAGUUGCUCAGAAAUUUGCAACUUGGAAACGUGUUGGACGAGAGUUAUUUCCCAUAUCCAACGUCACUUCACGAAGCAUUGCAGUUUAGCUUGGAGCAAUAUCGUCUGGCCCUUGCCUCCUUCGUCCCACUAGAAUCUGGAGGUGCAUCUGACGUUCUCAGCCUUGCCAAACGCCUGGGGAAUGUUGCCAACGAAAUGGGCGUCUUCUUCAUGAGUAAAGCAUCCGCUGUGAUGGAGGAAGGAGGAGCGGAAUGGAAGCGCAAAUUCGUGGAACUUUUUCAAGUCAGUCAGCAACAUCUUGAAGAGGGCACUUUUGUCUUCCGCAAAAUCAAGGAUAACGUCAAUGUCGCCCUGCUCUCGUGCAAUUUGGCCAAGCUACAUCGACUUCAAGCGCGUGCGCUGGCACCCACCGAGAAAAAAGAAGCUAGUCUAGCCGAGUGGAAAUGCUACUCAAAAGCAUUACAAUGCUACAAACAAGCGUUGGACAUCUUGGAGCGCCGAGAACUGAACACUGGAAUUUGGGACGCUAUUGUUUGGGACUACACAAGCGUUCUCUUCACUCUCGCCUCUUUGUUACAAGACUUUGCACCGCUUAGCAUUAAAUCAAGGGAAGAAGUAGAAGCAGAGAUAAUUCAGCUUUUAGAGAAUUGCAUCACUCUAAGUAAAAGUGAAACUUCAGAAUCGCGUCUUCCGUUACUCCAAUAUCGUGCUGCUACUUGCCACUACCGCUUGGCUUCACUAUACCACGACACUUACCGAAAUGGCGACGGCGAAUCGAUCAUUAAUGGCAGGAAUGUCCGAAUGGUUGCCGAGCAACACUACGCUGAUGCACACACUUUGUUUAACCAAUUAGAACAUUGGGACGAAGUCAUAAGAUUGCAGCUUGAGAAAGCAGGCGUUUACGAGUUCCAGUUGAAACGUUUGACUGGCGUCGUGUCUAAGAUGCGUAUACUUCAAUCCAUCCUGGAUUGCUAUCGUUCGACAAAAGAAGCUUUGUCCGCACUAGCUCAACCUACUAGCGGUGGUGAUGUUCCUAAACUUGAGCCUAAAACUUCUGAAUGUUUGACAUUAAUGUGCUCAAGGAUACAAUCAACAUUACUUCAGCUGACCAAGUUGUCGAAGAGCGUUAAAAAACCCAACUGGGAUGCAGAUAUUUUUCGAAACAUGUAUUCUGUGUCACUCAAGGUUAGUUCUAAACAGCCAAUCAGCCCCGAUUGGCAUGUACAUCUUGCUCGAGUGGUAACCGAAUUAGGCGAGUUUCAGCCCUCUGUUAAUUGAGACAUUUUGAGGUACAAAAAAAUAAUACAUAAACAUUUGCCGCAUUAAAAUUCAUUACGGAGAUGUAUAAAAAAAA